AUGUCCGGAUCGAUUCCCCCCCAUUACAUCGCCACGCCCCUCGCCAAUACCACGCCGGUCGUCGCCACUGGCGCGCCUGUCGCCACGGUCGCCACUGGCACUCCUGUCGCCAAUCCUGUCGCCAAUCCCGUCGCCAAUGUCCCCAUCCCGUCGCCCACGCCAACCGCCGGGCCGACAGAACCAUACGUGGUGGUGGGGCUUCAGUACUGCCUCCCGUACGAGACGGUGCUUAUACUGAAGGAGAAGAUUUGGUCGCUACACGGCAAGGCGGACGUAUACGACACGCAAGGCCAGCUCUUUUUCAAGACCAAGGACAAGGCGUUCUCGUGGCGCGACCGCAAGACGAUUUUCAACGCUCAGGAUGAGCCGGUGUGCUCGCUGACGAGCAAGGCAUUCUCCCUGCACGAUGUGACCUACCUGUGCCCGGGCGCCAGUGUGGAUAAACGGGACGCGCUGCUCACUGCCCGGAGCAAGUUCUUCUCGUGGAAACCCAUUCUCAAUGACGAGACGGUGUGCUCGCUGACGAGCAAGGCAUUCUCCCUGCACGAUGUGACCUACCUGUGCCCGGGCGCCAGUGUGGAUAAACGGGACGCCCUGCUCACUGCCCGGAGCAAGUUCUUCUCGUGGAAACCCAUUCUCAAUGACGAGACGGUAUGCUCGCUGACGAGCAAGGCAUUCUCCCUGCACGAUGUGACCUACCUGUGCCCGGGCGCCAGUGUGGAUAAACGGGACGCCCUGCUCACUGCCCGGAGCAAGUUCUUCUCGUGGAAACCCAUUCUCAAUGACGAGACGGUAUGCUCGCUGACGAGCAAGGCAUUCUCCCUGCACGAUGUGACCUACCUGUGCCCGGGCGCCAGUGUGGAUAAACGGGACGCCCUGCUCACUGCCCGGAGCAAGUUCUUCUCAUGGAAACCCAUUCUCAAUGACGAGACGGUAUGCUCGCUGACGAGCAAGGCAUUCUCCCUGCACGAUGUGACCUACCUGUGCCCGGGCGCCAGUGUGGAUAAACGGGACGCCCUGCUCACUGCCCGGAGCAAGUUCUUCUCGUGGAAACCCAUUCUCAAUGACGAGACGGUGUGCUCGCUGACGAGCAAGGCAUUCUCCCUGCACGAUGUGACCUACCUGUGCCCGGGCGCCAGUGUGGAUAAACGGGACGCGCUGCUCACUGCCCGGAGCAAGUUCUUCUCAUGGAAACCCAUUCUCAAUGACGAGACGGUAUGCUCGCUGACGAGCAAGGCAUUCUCCCUGCACGAUGUGACCUACCUGUGCCCGGGCGCCAUUGUGGAUAAACGGGACGCCCUGCUCACUGCCCGGAGCAAGUUCUUCUCGUGGACUCCCAUCCUCAAUAUCACCACAAGCAGCAGGCUUCUGUUGGCGCAGGUGGAGAGGGACAUCUUGUCUGUUCGGGAUUUUCAGAGCACGCACACAUAUGCCGUACGCGUCGAACCGAACGGUGAUAUGCUGUUCCUCCCCUGUACCUGUGCUUGCUUUGUUGCUCAGAUCACGACAAGCAGCGGGCUUCUAUUGGCACAGGUGGAGAGGGACAUCUGGUCUGCCAGGGAUUUUCUGAGCACGCACACAUAUGCUGUGCGCAUCAAGCCAAACGUUGAUAUGGCUCUGGUUUUAGCGCUCAUUGCUAUGGCGGACACUAUCUUUGUUAAUAAGGAGGAUGAUAAUGAUGACUAG